CGAUAUUGACAGUAAAAUGCCUGCAGGAAAGAAGGAUAGAAGUGAUAGAAAUGCUAAGAAGGGUAGAGGAGCAGAGUUGAUGGCCCAGAUGGGGAUGGUAGAUCCUAACCAGAUGGGGGCCAUGAUGCUUGGGGAGGGAAUGGAUGAUGAAGAUGAUGAUGACGAUUUAGAAGCUGAGCUUGCUGCCCUCCAAGGACAUGCCCCUCCUCCAAAAAAGACAGCCCGUGCAAAGAAAGCUCCAGUAGACAUGUCUAUGAUUGAGAAGAUGGCACUGGAUAGCACUAGAGACAUAAAGAGUGAUGAGGAGAUUUCUGGAGAUGAGGAAGACCUGAUGGCUGAGCUGGAAGGUUUGAGUCCAGAUGAAGAAGAACCAGCACCAAUAAUAGCUCCUACUAAAGCACCAGUCAUAGCUCCCACCACAACCCCACCAGAAGCAAAAACUGCACCUCCUAAAGCGACUCCUGUUGCUAAACCUGCCGCACCACAGGGACCAGGGGGCAUGGUUGGUCUCCUGAUGGACAGGUUAGAGAACUACAAGCUGGCUUCCAGCAAUGAAGCAAACAGUGAAAGCUCUAAGGCAAGAAGAUACGACAGAGGAAUUAAGACAUUAGCGGGACUCCUAAAACAAGCCCAGGCAGGGAAGCCCAUUAAUGAAGAAGAUAUUCCACCCCAAGUAGCAACAGGGCAAGCAGGAGGAGCUCCUCCUCAAGCACCAAUUGAACACACUAGUGGGGCAACAGCAGCACCUACCAUUGUAGAAAGUCCUCCAAGUCAUCAGCCUGAAGCUGCUUCUCAAGACACAGAGACACUCGCCUUAUUAAACACAAGAAAAGAGGAAUACAAACAGGCUGCAAUUCUGGCCAAGAAAUCUGGUGAUGAUGAAACGGCAAAAAAAUAUUUGAAGAUAAUGAAGCAAUUUGAUGCAGUGAUCCAGGCAGCUACUGCAGGCAAUCCUAUAGACCUGAGCCAGAUGCCCCCCUCACCAGGAACAGCAACAGGAAAAGCUCCAAGUCCUACUCCUCACAGAGCAGAGAGGGUGUCGAACCAAGCAGCUGCAGACAAAGAACCAGAAAUGGAACUUCCAGAACCAACAGAGAAAGAGGCCCAAGAAAUAUUUGGUGCUCCCCCUCCUCCUAAGACAGUUAUGGAAGCUUUGGAGCAGAGGCUCCAGAAAUAUAAAUCAUCAGAAGAAAGUGCCAAAGCUGAGGGUAACAGUAGUAAAGCCAGGAGAAUGGGAAGAAUAGCAAAACAAUAUCAAGAUGCAAUUAGAGCCCAUAAGCUUGGAAAAGUUGUAGACUUUGAAGAGCUACCAACUCCUCCAGGUUUUGCACCAAUCCCCACAGGAUCAUCAGGUGCCCCGACAACAGCACCAACACUCCCUCCUCCCCAACCACAACUGAAGGCUGCAGCAUCAUCUAGUCCAGGUGGCAGCACUGCUCCACCCACCAGCAGACCUGUACCACAGAAAUCUCCAUCUGGCGCAAGUGUAAAGAAGAGGGCCUUAUCCCAGAAUGAACAGAAUGUUUUGUUGCUUGAAACAAAGAUGAAUCAGUUUAAAAAAGCAGCUUUAGAGGCCAAGAACAAGGGUGAAAUGGAACAAGCUAAGGCAUAUCUUAGAUCAGCAAAGGGGUUUGAGCCAAUGAUAGAGGCAGCAAAAGGUGGAUUACCAGUGGAUUUAAGUAAGUGUCCCACUCCCCCUGGUCCUGAAGGCUUGGAAGGCUUUGUGAUGGUGGAGAGAGAGGAUACAGAGCAACCUAUGGGGGAUAGAGACCAAAUGUAUAAGAAGCUAGAAACAGAUUUGAUCAACCAAAUUAGGUCAUGUAGCACAAAUAGUGAUCAUUUUACUAGUCUUGGAGAUGUGACAAGUGCUCAGAGGUUUGAAAAACUUGGACAAAACAGUAGAAAAGACCUUGAUGCCUUGAAAAAUGCAUACAAACAUGAUGACCCAGUUCCUAGGUUCCACUAUGAAAUGAGAACCUUCUCUAUGGUGCAAUGUUGUACAGAGUUGGGAGGAGAUGAUCUAGAACUUAUUAUUGUCAGAGGUCUUAAUUAUGGACUGCCCCCUGAUAUUAAGGCAACAGACUUAGACACCUAUGUGAAAUUUGAAUUUCCGUAUCCUACAGAUAAACCUCAACAAGACCACUCACAUACCAUAAAAAGCACAGACAAUCCUGAAUAUGACCAGACUUUUAAAUUACAAAUGAACAGGAAGUCUAGGGGGUUUCUUAGAUUACUAAAAAGCAAAUCUAUCAAAUUAGAAAUUUAUUAUAAAAGAGGAUUUUUCAAAGGUGAUAAAAUGCUGGGUACCUGUAACUUAAAACUCCAACCACUGGAAUCUCAAUGUGUUGUCCAUGAGAUUUUAGAUCUGAUGGAUGGAAGGAAGACAGUUGGUGGCAAGCUGGAGGUGAAGAUGCGCAUCAGGGAGCCAUUUCUUUCCAAACAGGUUGAACAGGUCAAGGAGAAGUGGUUGGUCAUUGAUGCCUUUGAAAGGAAACUUGCACCUCCACAGCAGCCGAGGUCCAGGUCCAGGUCUCCAGCCAGGGAGUCAAGGGAAGUGGUCAGCAUGGAAGUGCUGCGGUAUGAGAAAGACUUGGUGGAUAAACAGAUCGCCAAAUACAGGGGUAUCUUAAAACCUGUCCAAGAGCAGGCUUUGAGGAAGAAAAGUGAACAAUACCAAAAGCAAAUAGAGCAGCAGACGGCCAUAUUGAAGCAAGGGGGAGUGAAUUCACUUAAAGCUUACAUGGAUGAUAUAGCGAGGACUGCGACAGUGUACCACCAGGAGGCAGUGAAGUUGGCAAAAGAAGGGCAAAAAGACAAGGCACAAAUUGCACUGACAAAGAAGAAAUGUGUGGAGAACGAGGUUGGAUUAAUUCAGCAAAAACUUUCCAAGAUGUAGACUUCCACUUAGAUUAAAAGUCAGUUAUCAAAUUAGUGCAAUGCCAAUUUUUACUCUGUCGGUAGGAUAAACAAUGUGUUGGGGAAUAUAAGAAAGGACAUAAGAUGGUCACUGUGCAUGCAUGUGUCACUUUGAUGCCUUAAUGUACAAGAACUUCUAAACAGGAAAAGUUAAGUAGACGCUUCGGUUAUCACAUUGAAUUUUUUAUUUUAUACCAGGAUUUUUUAUUGAUCAAUCUGAUUUGAAAGGAUGAUGCUUUACAAAUGAUUCAUUUACUGUGAUUAGGUCUAUAUAUGUCAUGAAUGGUUAUACAUGUUCAUCAUGUGGGCUGUUGGGGUUUUUAUUCUCACACAUUUGAACUGCGUGAUUUACAAAAAAAUAUGAUGUCAAUUUUAAAUUGAUUGUCUACUAAUAUGUAAAGCAUUGUAGCAGGUUGCUUCAAUUUGACUAUUAUUAUUAUUAUUAUUAUUUUUUUUUUUUUUGUUAAGAACUUGUUUUCGUUCAGCUGAAUGUCUGUUGCAUAUCAAUUUCAUGUUUUAAUGAAAACAGAACACUGAGAUCAUAAGAGUUAUGAAAUACUGAGACUAAUUGCAAGGCGUGUUUAUUCAAGAUAAGAACAUUUAUUUUAGGCCAGACAAGAUUAAUCUGACAGUCAAAACUUAGAUUAAAGAUAUUCAAUAUAGUACUAGUAUCUGUAUUCUCUUUUCUAGGACUUCUUUACUUAUUUCUGAAAUUAAAGUGGUAUAUGUCAGCUAUCAUUUUCUGCAUCACACACCAUGAUAAAGAUAUUAACUUAAAGUACCAACUUUGUUAUUUUUGUACAAAUGUAACAGUUAUUCAAAAUAAACACACAGCAGAUUUAGAUAAUGAAAGAUAGCAUUUAUACUUACGUAGGCAAUGCACAGCUUUCAAAUAACCUUCUACAACUUCUGCACAAAAUGGGGGAAAAACCAGAAAUUGUUAAUCAUGCUUGUAUAUAAUCUUUAAACUAGUCUAGACAAAAUGUUCAAACAUGCUUGAGAAGCUAUAUUCACUUGUAAGCCAAUAACUCAUUUAAGCCAUUUAAGACCUGACAUGCUGGAUCUAGACGCCACUGAUAUAUACAUACUGAUAAGAUGCCUGUACCAGUGUUCUAAGUUUCUUGGUGGAUGUGUUUUUUUAUGUGAUUUAAUCCUAUUUGAUGUAACAGAAUAAUGUGAUCUGUUUAGUGGUCUGAUGCGUACCUGGAGUCAGCAGAAUAAAAGGUGAAUGUUUCUUGUUAUAAUUAUUAUGAUGUUACUUGAUUUUUUAAUGUGCUUGAAUUAUGACUUACACCAUGUUCAUCCAAAACUGCAUAUUAACAUUUUAUAAGGGGAUUUUUGUGUUAUAGUUUAGAAGAAGGGGCCAUCUCUCUUUCCCAUUUUUCAUGCUACACUUUGUGAUUGUAGAUCUUUUCUGAUAGAGAAAAAAUGUUAUUAUUUAUUAAUGCAUAAUGAAGUUUAAGAAAGUGCUCUCAUAGAAUUGAACAACAUGUCUCGAUUAAAGAAUCAGGUUUUUUUUUAAUUGUAGGAAAUACAUGUAUAUGAAACAUUCCUGUGUGUGGAAGUUGGCAAAUGACUUGAAUAAAAUAACUUUAUAAAGUUA